UGUAAAGUUUUGACCAAGUAAAAAUUAUAAAUUGUAAAAUUCAAAAAAAUAAUGUUUAAAUAAAUCCUCGAAUUAUAAAAAAUUUUACGUGUAAGAAACAAUCCUAUUUGAAAAUCAAACAGAAACAGAAAUAUCGUUUAAUUUUAUAAUCCAAAUUGAUACUGUCAAAAUAAGUAGUAAGGCUUAUUAUUAGUGAUGUUAAUUAACAAGAACGGAUAACCUGAUGAAUUAGCACGAAUAAAAUGUUUGAUCAUCCACCAUAGAAGAACAAAGAAAAUAAUUUAUGAAGAUAUAGCUAGAAUUCAGCUCCAAAAUUUCAAAAUUUAUAGCUUGUUUUAAACAAAAAUUCAACAUUUCUCGAUCAACGAUUAACGCUGACAUUAAAUCACCAUCCAAUUUUGAUGCUAGCUUAACAACGUUGUCAACUGCUAGUAGUAGUACCCAAUAUAGUUCAUAUACAACUGCCACGAUUACCCAAGAACAAGAUGAUAGUUCACUAACUACGAUCACUGCUGACCAAUCGAAUGAAAAUGUUGAAAAUGUUAAGGACCAAGGAAAUACUCCACUUUGUCAGCAGGCGUUAUCAGUUCCAUUACCACCAAGUGAAACUGAAAGUACCCGAAUAAGAAAUGUAACAGAUAGUAUGGACACGAUUGAACUUAGUUAUCAUACAAUUAUAGGCUCUUUAACAAACAAUCGUGGCUCAAUAUCCAAUACCCAAAUAUCCACAGAAUGCUCCAAUAGAUCUGAAAGCACUUCUGGAUUACAGACUGUGAAGUGCUAUACAGAUCAACACGCAACAGAUUAUACUAAUGGCAAAUCAUCAACUACCGACUUGCCAACAUAUGCAUUGGCCGAACCAUUUUGUCGCAUAUGUUACGACAAUGAAAUUGAAAAUGAUGGAAAAUUAGAAAAACCAGUGUAUGCAUGCAGAUGUCGUGGUACAGUAGGUUUAGUACAUCUUUCUUGUUUGCAAAAAUGGUUGACAAUUUCUCAGACAGCGCGUUGCGAGCUAUGUCACUAUCAAUUUCCAACCAAACAAGUUCUACGAUAUGGUAAAUUACGAUCCGUACAAGUAUGGUUCACCAAUAUUGUGGACCGAAGUCAAUUGUUUUUUGAUAUUAGCGCCUGGUUAAUAAUGACACCUAUAAUUAUGAUAACAUUAUACAUGGUACGAUUAUCGUUAAGAUGGUUACAUGAAACAAUAAAAAAAAUGAAAUACACACCACUAGCAGCUUACGCCACAGUCAUGGGUAUUGGAACAUGUGCUUUACUGGUAACAAUUGUUUAUGUAUUAUUUACAUUCAUUAUUGUGGUGUAUUACACAUGGUCAUGGUAUCAAUUCUAUUCGUCGGAUGGUAAUCGGGUUAUUGUUUUAACUGCAAUGCCGGAACCAGCUACAGUCGUUACACCAAUACGAAUUCAACAAUAAGUACUUAAUAACUUUUACUCAACAAUGACAAUCUUGACAAUCUCUUUUUUGUAUACAAUAUAUUUUAAACGUAAAUAAUUUUGAAUAAUACAAACUUUUUAAUUUCCUUUACAAUAAUUCAGAAUGUGAAU